GCUUAUUCUGUAGCGCGGGAAAAUCCACCCAGCUAGUUUUGAAUGACGGGGUAAGUUUUCGGAGACUUUUACAAAGUAUUAUCUCUCCAAAGCGGACAGCUAUGGACGCUUCGGAGGUCGAGUUCCUCGCCGAGAAGGAGAUGGUGAAGAUAAUACCCAAUUUCAAUCUCGACAAGUUAUAUUUAAUCGGGGGAGAUUUGGGUCCUUUUAACCCCGGCCUGCCCAUGGACGUGCCUGUGUGGCUGGCACUCAACCUGAAACAGAGGCAGAAAUGUAGAGUCGUUCCUCCUGACUGGAUGGAUGUUGAGAAACUUGAGGACAUGCGCGAGGUGGAGAGGAAGGAGGACACCUUCACGCCAGUCCCCAGUCCAUACUACAUGGAGCUGACCAAGCUGCUCUUGAACCAUGCGUCCGACAACAUCCCCAAAGCUGACGAGAUCCGCACGCUGGUCAAAGACAUCUGGGACACGCGCCUCGCUAAACUCCGCCUGUCUGCUGACAGCUUCAUCAGUCAGCAGGAAGCUCAUGCUAAGCUGGACAACUUGACCUUGAUGGAGAUCAACACCAUCAGAGGGUUCCUCCUGGAGUCGCUCAACUGCAUGUACAAGCUACGCUCCAACCUGCAGCCGGGAUCCAGUAAGGACUACUGAGGGACACAUCCUGCUGAUUCAUUUCGUGUUGAGGUCAGGCUGGGACAGCACUGUUGGACUUCUUUUUUUAACCCCAGGCAUCACCCCUAAGAAUUUAGCUACUGCCAUAGUUAUUGACGAUAUACAUUUGGCCAAAGAUAUUGCAUGUUGAUGACACGUUCUAGCGAGCAAAUGACCACAUCCUCGCUAACGUCCCGCCGCAGUGUUGGUCAUUAAUUCUCGCCUCCAUGGUGGCAAAUAAACGACUUUUCUUACAGUAUCAUUAUCACUGGAGGUAGAAGAAUAGCUAAACAUGCUCCACUCCACACCGUAGGAGGAUGCAAGAAGACAUGCUAACUCCUAAGCCAAUGCUCAUGAAUGUAAACAGGUGGCAGAUGGAUACAAAUAUCAACAGUAAUCAUACACUGCAAAAAGUCAGUGUUCAAAAACAAGGAACAAAAAAUACAAAAAUGAGGGGUAUUUUAUUUGAACUAAGCAAAAUUAUCUGCCAAUAGAACAAGAAAAUUCGGCUUGUCAAGACUUUCCAAAAUAAGUAAAAUUAGCUAACCUCAAUGAACCCAUAAAUACCUUAAA